AGUCGAGGGUAGUCUGUCUACGGGGAAAGAUGUUUGACACAGCUUGGAGUGGAGACUCUGGUGCGGGAUCUCUGGCGUGCUAUCCCCAGAUUUCGUUGCGUGCCACCCAUGCGAGAGAUACCUGAUAGUAUUCCCUCCCCAGGAUUGCCACCCGCAUUCAGAAGAAGUACAUGCAUCGACCUGAGUCACAGCGCACACCUACACACACCCCCUACACACACACACAAACAUCCAGGGAAGCAUACGUUUAGCCAUGGCCUCCCACGCGACACUCCCGCACGCGGCAUCCGAGGGCUUCAAGGACGCCGCGGCGUACGACGCGCACCGCCCGUCGUACCCGCGCGAGGCCGUGGACCAGCUGCUCGGCAGGCUCAAGAUUGCGGGGCAGGCGGACGCGCGGGUCGUCGAGAUCGCCGCGGGGACGGGCAAGUUCACGGAGCUGCUCGCCGCCCGGCCCAAGCGGUACCUGGUCAAGGCGGUCGAGCCGCACGACGGCAUGCGCGGCAUCCUCGCCGCCAAGGACCUGCCGGCCGUCGAGGUCCUCGAGGGCAGGGCAGACAAGAUGCCUGUCGAGGGGGAAUGGGGGGAUGCUUGCAUUGCUGCACAGGCUUUCCACUGGUUCGCAACGCCCGAGGCCUUGACCGAGAUACAUAGAGUCCUCCGAGCUGGAGCUGUGUUUGGCGUGAUCUGGAACAUUGAUUCAUACAACAAGCCUCCUGCAUGGGAAACUCCGACCAAAUGGGAGCAGGAGCUCAACGAGUGGAUCUUGACAUUCCAAGAUGGCAACCGCCGGUUCAGGGACCAAGAGUGGAAGAAGGUCUUUGAGCAGCAGCUCCCCAGCAACCCCCUGCAAGUCAUCAAGAACACCCUGUCGGACCAUCUGCCGCGGUUCAGUCUCCCGCUCGGCGAGGCCAAGGUCCCCUUUGAGGUAUGGCUGACAGAAGACGCCCUGUGGUCGCGCCUGCGAACCCUCAGCCAAGUUGCCGUUCUGAGCCAGGAAGACCUGGAAAAGGCCGAGGCGAGGGUCAGGGAGAUUCUCAAGGGUGAUGAUGUUGAGCGCAACUCGAAGGGUGAGCUCAAGCUUCACGGUGAUACAUAUUUUGCGUGGACAGAUAGAAUAUAGACGGCCGCGGUCCAUUGCUGUAUAUAGUCGCAUUGAUGUCCUUUAGCUGAUCCCUUCCAUUUGGCUCGGACUCAUCUGCUG